CUAAUAACUACGUCGGACUCGAUUAAGCUCACCGCGCGGUUCGCGAUGGACACCUCACAGCGGGAACCCAGUUAUAGACGAGUUCCAGAUGAACCAGAGCUCGACCUCUACACCAUUCCAAGUCACUCUAGUUGGUUUUCGUGGGAUGAAAUUCACGAAACGGAGAAAUCGGCUUUGAAGGAUUUUUUUGAUGGAAGCUCAAUAUCAAGGACACCGCGAAUAUAUAAAGAAUAUAGGGAUUUUAUUAUCAAUAAGUACAGAGAAGAGCCUUCGAGCAGGCUUACGUUCACCGAGGUUCGAAAGUCUUUGGUGGGGGAUGUUAAUUUGCUUCAUAAGGUGUUUGUUUUCUUGGAGACGUGGGGGUUAAUCAACUUUGGCGCAACUUCGGAUGGCGAUAAUUUGGCGGAGGUGGAAGAUGGAGAGAGUUCUACAAUUAAGAUUGAAGAGGGGGUCCCAAAUGGGAUUCGUGUGGGAGCAAUGCCGAAUUCGGUCAAACCAAUUUCAGCACCACCUGUUAUGGAAGACAGUGCGCUUGUUAAUGGGAUUGGGUUUAGAUUGCCGCCUUUGGCUUCUUAUUCAGAUGUCUUCAGUGACUUGUUGAAACAGAAGAAUUUUGUGUGUGGGAAUUGUGGCCAGCAUUGUGAUUCUAGAUAUCAUCAAUGCGCCAAGGAUGGCUAUUUAAUUUGUGUAAAUUGCUUCAAUAAUGGAAAUUAUGGGGAGCAGAGGCAUUUGGAAGAUUUUGAGUUGAAGUCCAACGAGCCCAUUGAAGACAAUGGUAAUACUGGAGCCGUGUGGACUGAGGCAGAAACUCUGCUUCUUUUGGAAUCCGUUUUGAAGCAUGGAGAUGACUGGGAGCUUGUUGCUCAAAAUAUCCAAACCAAGACUAAACUAGAUUGUAUACUGAAGCUCCUUGAGUUGCCUUAUGGGAACUUCAUGUUAUGUGUUGAAGCACAAAGGAAUGAUGUUAAUGGCCCCAGUAACAAUGUCAGUAGUGAAAAAGAAAGUAGACUCUCUCCACCCAAUAAUCAGGAGACUGUCGGAAGUGAAGAUCAAUGUACCAAGGACAUGAAUGAGGACGAUGAUGAUAAGAACCAAAACCAAGGUCCUUCCAAGAGACAGUGUAUAGCUGCGGUUCCAGAUACGAGUAGUUCUCUAAUGACACAGGUAGCUUUGAUGUCAAGCAUGGUUGGACCACAUAUUAUGGCAGCAGCUGCUACUGCUUCUGUUACUGCACUUCGUGAUGAAAACUUAUAUCCAAAAGAAACCUUUGAUGGUGAAGAGUUUUUUGCACCUAAUGGAUUUUGUCCUGCAGCUUCCGCCACAUCAAAUCAUGAGGCUGAGAGAAUUCUCAAUAAUGAAGAUCCACUGGCAAAGGAAAGGCCCGCUCAGUCAGGUGAUACAAUGUCCGUGGACAAAGAUGACAUACCUUUAAUCUUACGAAUUAGAGCUGCAAUUGCAACAGCACUUGGCGCCGCUGCUGCACAUGCAAAAUUACUUGCUGAUCAAGAAGAGAGAGAAAUUGAAUAUUUAUUGGCGAUCAUGAUGGAAACACAGAUGAAAAAGUUACAACGCAAAAUUAAGCAUUUUGAAGAUCUCGAGCUGAUUAUGGAAGCAGAAUACCCUGUGAUCGAGGAGCUCGAAGAUAAACUGUUGACGGAGCGGGUUAGUGUCUUGCAAUCCGCAUUUAAUCUUGGUAUAUCUCGGUGGAAGGAUCAUCCUUCUGUGAGAUCUUGACAAGAAUUCAUGUAUUUAUACAUAGUCUGUUUCAAAUGGUGUUACUCAACGCAAUCAGCAAUGUAGAAAGGGAAAAUAUUAAGGGUUGUAUCUUAACUCAUGCGAAACUUCCUUCCAUGCCUGAUAUCUGGUGAUGUGAUAGAAUUCGGCUUGCUAACUAAGAUAUGGAUAUUUACAAGGUCACGUUGAUAACCACAGUUUUAUAUCAA